AUGACUGAAGGCUCACUCACUCUACCAGACGGCCUUGAGCUGUAUACUAAGACAUGGUCGGUAUGUGCGCUGAUAUUCCCUACUUACGUUCCAUGGUUAAUCCAGUACCAGCCCAACGGAACACCACGGGCUACCAUAGCUUUCAUCCACGGCUUCAGUGACCACUGCAAUGCUUAUCAUGAUCUAUUCCCAAACUUGGCAUCGGCUGGAAUCGAAAUCAAGUCUUUCGACCAACGGUAUAACCCCCUAUUGACAAUAAACAGUGGCUGGGGCCGAAGUGUUAAAGAGCCCCGCGAUCGGGGCAACACGGGCCCGACCUCCCAAGUGCUCGCGGAGAUUCACAUCUUCUUGCAGAGUCUGCCCCUAUCCGACAUCCCGCUCUUCUUGAUGGGUCACAGCAUGGGCGGUGGACAAGUUCUCAACUACAUCUUCCAUCCGGACUCGCCCUACCAAUCCAGUCCCCCAAAGUUCGCAGGCGUGCUUCUGUACUCCCCUCUGAUUGCCAUUCAUCCCUCUUCCCGUCCAUCAAAGGUAACGGUUGCGGCGGGAAGAGUCGUCGCAAGGCUGAUCCCGCAUAAGCAGCGAUACUCCGCGCUGGAUGCGAACCUGAUCUCUCGUGACCCAGCUAUUGUGGAGUACUUCAGGAAUGAUGAUUUGUGUCAUGAUACAGGCACUUUUGCGGGCUUGGCUGGCAUGUUGGAUCGUGGGAUCUGGCUAGAGAGUAUGUUUGCGGGUGAUUGGGCUAAGUCUGAGUUGCCCUUCUGGUUCGGGCAUGGUAAUGGGGAUCACAUUACUAGCUACGAUGCGACGAAGGACUUUGUUCGCGGUUUGCAGAAGAAUGGGGGAGACGUGACUUUCGAGACUUAUGAGGGUGCUUAUCAUAAGCUGAGUGCUGAUCUGCCAGAAACGAGCACCAAGUUCGCUGAAAAUGUGAGGGAUUGGGUGCUUGGUCAGGUAUCGCAAACCGAGACUUCGGGCAGUCAGAACGAGACUGCGGUGAAGUCGAACGUUCCUCGCGAUGGUUCUGUACCGGAAGCCAAAGAGACGAAGUUGUGA